AUGGGGGACUUGGAAGAGCUGACUGACAAGAAAGCUCAGCUAAUAUGCCAGCUGAGUGAAAUCACCGGCCUUACGAACAUUGGUUCCCCUCUUUUCGCUACUUUAUGGUUCAGCGAUGAUUCUGUCUUGGAGAAUCACCAUGAGUCUGCGAAACGAGAUCCUUCCAAGACUCGGUUCCUUUUGCAAGAUGCUGGAAAUCAACUAUUGGAUAUACUGAAGUUAUGGUCUUCGAGAUUCUGGAGGGAUUACCCUGAGAGGAUAUGGACUAGAAUUACAAACCUCAACGAACCACGCCCACCACACUGGGAAAUAAUUUCCUUUCCUCCAGUCCAGCCCGGUGGCUCACUGCUAUCCCUAGUAACCUGUCACCCGUGGUCACCAAUAGCCCCGAGCCGAGCGAUCUUUGAUCCCGAGAGUGGGACUGCGAUUGCAAAUUUUUGGUCUACUCUGCGCAUGUUCUGGUCUUCGGAGCGCGUCGAUUCAUGGCAGAGAGCAACGAUUGGAGGUACCAAAAGAUGUUCGAAUCUGAUAUCCCUAGCUUUGCAUAUCCAUGAUCUCUGGGAUAAGGCAGUGUUUGGGUUGCGACCAUUGGAGCUUUCGUCCAACCGAGAGACCCUCACUGUCCAACUUCAUUGGCUUCAAUCAUCGUCGUAUGCUCGACAGAUCAGCAUGACAUCGCGCCCGAGCUUCCCAGCAAACUUACAAGGUGUGUCUAAUUCUGGUGCUGGAAUUUAUAAUCUUAAAACAAAAAUGCCAGUGUCAUCGGGCGAUAAGAUGAUUUUCGAGACCGAUGACCCGGAUGGACGCCCUCUGCCAUCUCUGGAGCUGCUCGACAUGCAGUGGGUGUUGCAUCGCGUACUUGCCCUGAGCGGAGUCCCUAGUCAUGGCACUUAUUCCUUUCACAGGUGAUAUCUGGAGUUUGAAGACAAAUAGCAAGGUAUGAAAGAAUCUGAAAAGCACCCUAGCGUGGUAAGACCAUUUCGCCGGCUACCAACCUAGCAUCACAGCUCGACCGACCCACUUUUCUUGAUCGCGAGUAGGAUUACUGACCUCGAUCAUGGAUAACUGCCAAAGCUUUCAACUAGGUUGCUGAUUGGUCGUGGCAGAAAGUUCGCACCCCUUGUCGACGGAUGAGAGUGGUCAUCCAGAUCGCCUAAAAUCACUACUUUUGACUCACCAUUCUCUUCUAGGUUAAACGGACCAUUUGUCCAUCACAAUAUUCUCAUAAUUUUUUCCUUCUCCGUUGUGUUUUCCUCUCCUUCUUCCUUCUCGUGGCUUUUGGAAUAGCUAUACGUUUUAUUAUAUGAUCCCUACUGUGUC